AUGAAUAAGGCAGUUAAGGAUGAUAACAAUGGAGGGGCGAGCGAUACGGAGGCUCAGAAUCACCUGGAGGUCGUGUUCUAUCCCGACUCGAACCACCGUCGCAAGUCUUCCCUUGCUACGAUGGACAAGCCGAGGGUCCAGCCUCACCCAGCUCAGGAUGACACGGCGACCGCCUGCUACGUCCACAACCUCAUUGCGAGCGAGUGGACUUCACCCCAAAAACACCUUAAAGAUACAGAAGACAGAGACGAUAUGAUACGGAUAUUGAGAGAGGACGAGGAUCAACCCGUGACAAAUAACAAAGGUAUCGAGCCAGAGCUGGUCUCAGUGGUCGACCGUGACGACACACCGCUACCCACAAUCAUUGAAUCCCGGCAUCUCACAAAGAGACAGCUAUCAGAUAUGGCUUGGAACGUGCGGAAGCUAUCCAAGAAGUUGGGCACCAUCAAGCUCAAGCUCACCGUGAAGAAUAUCUUCAUAGUAAGCAAGGCGCAGGACCAGUCGCUGGUAAGCCUGACUCGAAAGGUUACGAGGUGGCUACUAUCCGCGGACCGGGACUCUUUAUACAUAGUAUACGUCGAACGGCGGCUCGAGACGCAUCCGGACUUCGGUGCGUUACAAUUAGUACAAGACGAGCCCUCCGCCGAGGGCCGGCUCAAGUACUGGGAUCCCAAGCUUGCCCAAGAACAACCGCAUUUGUUUGACUUUGUGAUCACGCUCGGCGGAGAUGGAACCGUUCUUUACACGAGCUGGCUGUUCCAGCGCAUCGUGCCGCCCGUACUUUCUUUUGCGCUGGGCUCAUUGGGCUUCUUGACCAAUUUCGACUUUGCGGAUUAUCAGAAGAGCCUCGAUAAUGCUUUCCGGGAUGGUGUUUUUGUCAGCCUACGGCUACGGUUCGAAUGUACCAUCAUGCGCAGCAAAGCGCGGAUAAGAGACCCGCAUGCGCGUUCUCUACCAGACCGUGACCUGGUAGAGGAACUAAUCGGAGAGGAAGGGGAGGACACAUUGACGCAUACCCCAGAUAACGUGUAUGAGAUCCUCAACGACGUAGUCCUCGACCGGGGGCCAAACCCAACCAUGUCUCAAAUUGAACUCUUCGGGGACGACGAGCACUUCACCACCUUGCUCGCUGACGGAAUAUGCAUCGCUACUCCAACUGGAUCGACUGCUUACAACCUCGCCGCUGGCGGCUCUCUUUCGCACCCGGAAAACCCCGUUAUACUUGUCACCGCCAUCUGCGCCCACACGCUGUCCUUCCGACCGAUUAUUCUACCAGACACCAUUGUCUUGCGCAUGGGUGUGCCAUACGAUGCGCGCACGAGCUCAUGGGCUAGCUUUGAUGGACGCGAAAGAAUCGAGUUACAUCCCGGUGACUACGUUACUGUGUCAGCUUCGAGAUAUCCUUUUGCCAAUGUCUUGCCUCCCGGUGGACAGGGCGAGGGUUGGGUGCAUAGCAUCUCUAAGACUUUGAAUUGGAAUUCGCGACAAAAGCAGAAGAGCUUCAAGUAG